UGAGCCCCCCGCCAUGGCCAGCCCUGGGAAGCCUGGGGCUGGGGAGGCCUUGGAGGAGGGUUGGGGAGAGGAGCAUGCCCCAGGGCCACGGGCAGCGAUGCUGGAGCAGGCCCAGGAGCUGUUCCUGCUGUGUGACAAGGAGGCCAAGGGAUUCAUCACCCGGCAAGACCUGCAGGGCCUGCAGAGCGACCUGCCCCUCACGCCCGAGCAGCUGGAGGCUGUGUUCGAAAGCCUGGACCAGGGGCACACCGGCUUCCUCACCGCUCGGGAGUUCUGCCUUGGCCUGGGGAAGUUUGCAGGGGCAGAGUCUGCCCCGGACGCUCUGCCCUCCCAGGUUCCAGAGGAAACCUUCGAGUCGGGCUGGUCUGAUAUGCAAGGCACCGGGGGCUCCCUGGAGGAGGAGGAUGAGGACGAGCGCUUCUGCUCUGCGCUAGAGCAGCUGGGGGUGGCCCGGGUCCUGGGCAAGCAGCGGGCGAUCCGGAUGCUCUGGACCUGGCUGCAGCGUGAGCGACCCGAACUGCUGGGCUCCUUCGAGGACGUUCUGAUGCAUGCGUCGGCCUGCCUGGAGGAGGCGGCCCGAGAGCGGGACGGCCUGGAGCAGGCUCUGCGGCGGCGGGAGAGCGAGCACGAGAGAGAGGUGCAGUGUCUGUACGAGGAGAUGGAGCAGCAGCUCCGCGAGCAGCGCCAGCGCCUGCGGAGGCAGGGCCACCCCCGGGAGGAGCGGAGAGGCCGCCUAGAGCUGGAGCUGCAGAGCCGCGAGCAGGAGCUGGAGCGCGCGGGGCUGCGGCAGCGGGAGCCCCGGAAUUGUUGGGAGUCGGGCGGACACAGCCCCCUGGGGACAGCAGCUGCAGGCCCGGACCGCGGAGCAGCUGGAGGCGCAGGCGCAGAACGCCCAGCUGUGGCUGGCCAACGAGGCGCUGCGGACGCAACUGGAGGGCGCGCAGGAGCAGCUCCGCAGGCUGCAGGGCGACGCGCAGGGCCGCCGGGAGCAAACCCAACGGUGCCAGAGGGCGGGGCUGGGGCGGCCCUCCAGAGCGGGCCCGGGGGCGGGGGGGUCGCGUGGGAGCUCGGGCUUCCGUCCCACCACGUCCCAGCCCCGCCUCCAGGGUCUCCGUGGGACAGGGUUCUCCGGGGGGCCGGGGGGCGCCCCGCGGAGCCUUCCUGCGUCCAAACCACCAUCUCCGUCCUGCAGAGACGUGGUCGCGGUCUCGAGGAACAUGCAGAAAGAGAAGCUCAGCCUCCUGCGGCAACUGGAACUCCUCAGGAAUGCUGCCUCUUGCGACCUCUCAGAGCCCCUGGACCCCUAUUCCCCAGGGAGCUGAACACGAGGCUACGAGACGAGAGAGACGUCUGUGAGGCCAAGCGGCUGGGUAGUGGCUGCGAGAAGGCUCUAACCACGGCCCCCCUGCCAGGGCCCACCUGCUGCUGCUGCUGCUCCCACUGUUGUAGCAGCUGGGCUCGCCCCCCCAGACGCGGCUCUGGCCACCUUCCCAGUGCCCGCUGACCAGCCCGAGUGACUCACUGGGCAUUACUUGCGUACUCGGAGAAACUGCCCUUGAAGGGACUCGUCAUGGCUGGGGGCUGCCCAUCCAGGAUGUGGGUUCCACCCGGUGGGCUGCCGGCCUGCCUGACUUGCAGACAUGAAGGAACUCAUCCAGGUGGUCAGGGUCUCACAUGCCUCCCUGCCGGGCCUCAUCCUACCCCCAUCAAAACCAGCACAAAACCUCCGGCUCCAAAUAAAGUCUACUGACUGCGCCC